GUGCGUGUGCGUGCGCAGCCGAGCGAAGAUGGAGAUCUUUGUCUGUGCUAUCUGUGUUCUGAUGCUGCUGAGCUGCGCGUCGGAGCCAUGCGAUGAGGAAGUUCUAGAGUCGAACAACGCCAGCUACCUCUGGUCCUGGUUGCUGGACCCAGCCCGGCUUGUGAUAUUCGCCGUAAGUCUCUUCAUCAUAACGCUGGGCUCCAGGCGGGCGGUCCACCUGGAUAAAACAGGUUCUGACAGCGAGACUGACGGUGUCCACACCCUCAACAACUGGCACAUUAUUCUCCUGCCCUCCGUAGGCUCCCUCACUCUCAUUGUCUUCUUCUACUUCUUUGACUUUAUUCAGUUCAUCUUCACCGUCAUCACUACCUUUGUGUCACUGAUUGCACUGUACAACCUCCUUCACCCAACCAUUGAGAACCUACAAAUACACUGCAAAGAUAGUGUCUUUGCCACAAGUCAGUCGCUGCAGAAGGCAGUGACACUGUUGAUAUCAGGAGGUGUGGCUGGGCUCUGGGUGGCCACUGGCCACUGGUUCUACCUCGAUGGUGAGAGAAACCGACUGCGCGAGCAUGACUUGUGUGUCCCCAAUACUGAACGAUGAUGUCUGAUGUGCAUAUCUAUGCUCUUUUCAAUGAAUUCUGUUGAUGUGCAGCUGUGCUCUUUAGCCAUGGUUAUAUAUAGCCCGCCGGUCAUCCCACACCCAACACCACGCGCUGCCUUCCCCGACCCACCAC